AUGCCACCAACUCAGUUACCCGCGUCGGGGAACCCUCUAGUCUUCUUUGAUAUCACAAUCGGAGGUGAGCCACUCGGUCGUAUCCAAUUUGAGCUCUUCGCCGAUGUAGUUCCCAAGACGGCCGAAAAUUUCCGUCAAUUCUGUACUGGGGAAACCAAAAAUCAUCUUGGUAGACCGCAAGGAUACAAAGGCAGUAAAUUUCAUCGAAUCAUCAAGGAUUUCAUGUGUCAGGGUGGUGAUUUCUUGAAUGGAGAUGGUACGGGUUCUACUUGUAUCUAUGGAUUGAGUAAAUUCGAUGAUGAGAAUUUUACGCAUAAGCAUACGGAACCGGGACUUUUGUCGAUGGCGAAUGCUGGUCCAAAUACCAAUGGUUCUCAAUUCUUCAUAACCACAGUCCCAACUCCCUUUCUCGAUAAUAAACAUGUUGUCUUUGGCAAAGUAGUCGAUGGAAUGGACGUCGUCCGUAAAAUGGAAAAUACUCGCACGAAUCCAAAAGAUGCUCCGCAAUUACCUGUCGUCAUUUCUCUAUGCGGAGAAAUGUAA